AUCGUCGAGGCCAGUCAACCCCACCCCCCCCCCCCCCCCUCCCGGUCACUUCGUCGGACUGAUAUCGGCGACUCGGCGCAGCUCACAGCGAGGUUGAAGACACCGACGCCAUGUCCGCAAGGCACUUCGCUUCGGGAGACGGCGCCGACGUCCGCCCUCCGGACACUCGCCUCUCGACCAGGGGCGUCGAGUCCCGCCUCCCCGGCUGGAUCCCGGAGCGGGACCUGCGCGAGGCCGGCUCCUCCUCGGGCGCCCAGCCCAAGCCGAGCCCCGUGACGACGUUGAGCUGCCCCGGUUCCCGACCCUCGAAGACGGCCCGGAUGCAGCGCAAGACCACCGCGGUGACGGCGACCGCCGCCGCGAUGCCCCACCGUCGCCGGUCGUACGAGGACAGCUUCGUGAACCGGCAGAGCCAGGAGCUGGCCCGGCUAAGCCUCGCCGAGGCAGGGGACGAGGACGACAGCGGGAUGACGAGCGCGGAAGGCGCCCCUCCGCGGCAGGCCACCGCCGUCCACGCCGGAGGCGACGGCGACACGUCGGCGAUGGAUUUCGCGACGGACGAAGAGCACGCGGUGGAAGGCGUCGACGCGGCGCGGGCCUGCUUUCCGCAGGGCCCAUUCGGCGAGAGGUGGAGCCUGACCUGGGUGUGCCAGCCGGCUGCGGCGCCGUUCCCCUCAGCGUGCCGAGAUCUGCGCAAGCCGUAGGGGGGCGCAACGCUCGGACGCAUGCUCCUGCCGCGACGAGCGUGACACCCGACGACGUCGUCGGGUCCUUUAGAGUUCCACGAUUAUCUCGUCCCUUGGAGAUUCCCGUAUCGUUUGCGCUGCACGCGUAGCUUCGAAAAAGUGCCAUAAACGCCCAUAACCCACUUUUCUGUCUCACGAUAACAGUGACGUUGGCCUGCCUGCGACCGCUAGCUCCUUUCACCGAGAGUGACUGCUGCGGAAGCUGCGGAAGGGUGGUUGACAAUUAUCGUAGGAGAGUGAAUAAACGAAAGCAAAGAAAAGAGAAAUCGAAGAAGGGGUGGGGGGGAGGAGGCGCUGGCACCUUCACGUAAAGCGUUGUAUGGUAGCGAAAAUUUUGAAUGCAUAUCAACGAUCACGGAACCUUGCGAGGCAUUUCCGACACAGUAUAAAAUAUUCAUGCAUAUUCGUGAAAGGACUUAAUACUUGAUCUAUGCAAACACGGUCACAUGAACUUAAAAUAACAACACACAAACAUUUCACAAUGGUGCAAUAAACCUUCGA